GUUGACCGUGGAUCGUUCUCAUAUAUUUUCACCAUAUAAAGACCUUUUCUCCAAUAAAGCAUUACUUUUAUUUAAUAAAUUAGUAUUAUUUCAAAAAAAAAAUAACAAAAUAAAAAUUAUUUUUUUUCUAUUUUGAAAAAUUCGACUAAAAAAAUAUGAAAUUCUGGAUGUUCGUUGUUUAUUUAAUUUUCCUCAAAAUUAUUGAUGUAAUAGCUCUGCCAAUGCAAUGGCAAAUCCCCGAGAUGAAUAUCACGUAUGCCUGUUCAACAGUUUAUUCAAGAAAAAAAUGUCAAUUCGAGGAUGUUAUUUAUAAGCAAUCCGGAUGUGUAAAUAUGAUGACUAGUUUCAUGAUGAUGGUACAAACUGUUAUGCUCAACAGAUGUGAUAUCGCAGAUCCCUGUCGACGACCAGGAACUAAUGACAUCAAUGAUAAUGAAGUGUUUGAUUUCAUAAUAGUUGGUGCUGGAAUGGCUGGUCCAGUAAUUGCAAGAAGGUUAGCCGAUCAAGAGCCAUGGUGGAGAGUACUUUUAAUAGAAGCUGGUCCUGAAGAACCAACAAUGACAGUUUUUCCUGGUUUUGCAUUUAAUGCAAUUAAUUCUACUUUAGAUUGGAAUUAUAAGACUGAACCAACAAAACCUCAUCCAACAGCUUGUCUAGAACAUGGUGGGGUCUGUACUUGGCCACGCGGAAAGAUGGUCUCGGGUACAGGAGGAAUGUAUGGGAUGAUGUAUGUGCGAGGGCACCCAGAAAUUUAUAAUAAAUGGGCGAGAGCAGGUAAUAAAGGUUGGUCGUACAACGAAAUCGAACAUUAUUUCGAUCGAGCUGAAAAUCCAGAUGCUCCGGGAAUGACUUCGGACGCUCCAUUCAAAAGAACGAAGAAUGAUGGCCCAGUGAAAAUAAAAUACUUCUCACAUAAACCUCGUUUUGCUGAUGAUCUUCUCAACAGUGCAGCUGAGUUGGGCUAUCGAACAUCUAAACUUCAUGGAACUCAUCUUACUGGCUUUAUGGUAGCACCGAUGAUGACUGAUAAUGGUCUGAGAGGAACUACUUCACGAUACUACCUUCGACCAAUUGUACAUAAACGAAAUCUUAGAGUUCUUACAAAUGCUCAUGUUACUAAAAUUAUCAAAACUCAAUGGGGAAUGGAUGCCUGGGGAGUAGAAAUAAUUGAUAAGAAUGGAGUACGUAAGAAAAUAAAAGCAGAUAAAGAAGUCAUUCUGACUGCUGGAGCUAUUGGAUCUCCACAGAUUUUACUUUCUUCAGGGAUUGGACCUCGAAAAGAUUUAGAGAAACUUGGAAUUCCUUUGUAUCAAGAGCUUCCUGUUGGAAGAAAUUUACAUAAUCAUGUUUCAGUUGGUAUUAAAAUGAGUAUAAACGAUACUUAUUAUCAGGAUAUUACUGCUCAGUCAAUUGAAGAGUAUAUGAAAAAUCGAACUGGUCCUUUAGCUAGCACAGGCUUGACCCAGGUUACCGCAUUUCUUGAAAGUUCUUAUGCACAAUCUGGAGUACCAGACAUUCAAGUAUUUUUCGAUGGAUUUAGUUCAACAUGCCCUAAAGGAGGUCUGAAUAAUAAAUGUCCCGAUGGAAGUUUACAGUCUUGUCCUACCCGAAGAGAAAUAGUAGCACGUCCUACAACUGUCAUUGUCAAGUCUCUAGGAUAUUUAACGCUGCGAUCGAAAAAUCCACUCGACCCUCCAUUGAUUUAUCCAGAUUAUUUUACAGAUAACCGAGAUCUGAAGAUACUGGUUGAAGGUAUUAAGAAAGUUGCAGACUUGACCAAGACGAAGACGAUGAGAAAGUGGGAUUUACGGCUAGAUGAAACCCCACUUCCUGCCUGCUCUAAUUAUCACUUCAGUACUGAUGCUUACUGGGAAUGUGUUAUACGCUGGCAAACCGGACCUGAGAAUCAUCAAUCUGGGACUUGCAAAAUGGGGCCAGCAACUGAUCCUCAAGCUGUAGUCAAUUCUGAGCUUAAAGUUCAUGGUAUCAAUAAUAUUAGAGUAGCUGAUGCUUCAAUUUUUCCAAUUGUUCCUAAUGCUAAUCCAUGUGCAGCUAUUAUUAUGGUCGCUGAGAAAGCUGCUGAUAUGAUUAUUAACACUUGGGAGGGGAUAUAAAAAUUUAUUUAUGUAUUUUUUCAAUAAAUAAAAUUUUUUUAAAAAAAAAAUUAUAUCUAA